AUGGCACUACCUAGUUCCUUCUCCGCAAUAUCGAAUCAGCUUUCUCAGGACCUUCAUUCAUUGUCUUCGGAAUCUAAAAGAAGGAACUCAGAAGUCAAACGUGCAAGUGAUAAAUCUUUGCAAAUCAUAAGAAUUGUUCAUAGUUUUGAGGAGUUAGAACGUCAUCCUGAUUUUGUAAUACCAUUCGUUUUAUCAUGCAAAUCUGGGAAUCCCAAAUUUACUACACUUGCUAUGCAAUGUUUACAGCGCCUGGCGAUUCAUAAAUCUAUACCUAAAGAGCGAAUUGAGCAGGUAUUAGAGGCCUUGAACGAUUCUAGUCAAUUAGCUGUUGAAAUUCAGCUAAAAGUACUGCAGAUAAUUCCUAUAUUUUUCACUACGUAUGGGAAGGAUAUUACGGGACCCCUAUGUGCUAAGCUGCUACUUUGUUGUUCUAACCUUUUAGUAACUCCUAGUAAAUCUCCUGUCGUUGUAGGUACAGCUAGUGCUACUCUAAAGCAACUUAUUAGUGAUGUAUUUGAACGGUUAAAGUAUCCAGGGGAUGGCUCAGAUCUUUACGAUGUUGCAGUGGGAAAUGACGAGAAGAUAAGGGUCAAUAGUUACAGGCAUGAUGCCAAUCUGCUAUUUGCUGACCUGUGCACUAUUCAUAAUACACCAGGAAGAGACCAGUCAUUAUUAGAUAGAAAUUGCAUUACAGAAGAAUAUGGUUUGGAACUUUUAGAAACAGUCUUUCUAAAUUAUGAGCUCCUUUUCUUAAAGUAUGAAGAUCUAUUAUUUCUACUGAGAACUAAGGCUGUGCCUCUGCUUCUCAGAUCUGUUUCUUCAUCCAAAAGCUUUCCAAUUGUGGUAAGAAGUUCUCGUUGUAUAGCUCUACUCAUAAAAGUGCAAUAUUUGACGCUUUUGGAACUAGAGUUGGAAGUUAUAUUGUCUUUGUUGAUACACACAUUGUCAUCUAAGUCAGACGCGAAACAAUGGAGAAGAAUAUUAAUUCUCGAGAUAUUCCAAAGUGUUUUUGCUAAGGAAGGGAUGAUUUUAGAGAUUUUCAAGGCUUACGAUGCUCUUGAAUCCCGGAAACAUGUUAUUACUUCGCUAUUAGAGACCCUCAAAGAAAUGUUAGACCAUGAGAUAUUUGUAGACAUCUUGAAGGAGACGCCGAUUUUAAUGAGCAAUGAACAUCCUUUAGUUGUGCAGGAGUCUUAUUCUUCACGCGUGAUGUCGUUAGAUCUCUUAGAUAAACCAAAUGCACCAGCUGCAGACCAAACAUAUAUUGUAUUCCUAUUACUGACUAUUUCUAACUCAAUCUCAAAUUGCAUUGGUUCUCGUGCUGCUGCUGCAUCCCAAGAUGAAGACAGGCAAACCUUAGAUGAAUUAGCGGAUAUGUAUCAAGAGGUGUAUCCAAGCUUAUUUGCCAUCCAUAAAAAGUUUCUCUAUUCAAGUAAUUUGGAUAAUGGGUCCUUUCAUAGCUUGGUGCGCGCAUUCCAGAAACUAGCGCAUGCAGCAGGAAUACUGUCAUUCGACAACGAACUUGAUCAGUGUCUCCUAGUAUUUUGCGUAGCAACAAUUCUAAAUGACAAUGGUGUAAACUCGUCUACUGAUUCUGCCGGUACUCAGGCACCACAGACUGCCGCAGUGUUACAUGCUAUAAGUGACACAAUAAUGAGGAAGCCUUCAACAGCACUUUCUGCUAAAGAUCAAUAUAAGUUACCUUCUAGAAACUUUCACCAAAGGAAUCUGAGUGUAUUUAGGGCAUUAAUUUCACUAUCAAUAUCUUUGGGCUCAACUUUCACGGAGACAAAUUGGAACUAUACCUUAGUAGCUUGGCAAUGGACUGCUUAUUACGUAUAUGGGCCAUGUUCCGAGUUUUUGAGCACCCACCUAAAUAUUGUUACUCCACCUGCCCCAAAUUUAACCAAGAAUGAUCUAUCUACCAUAGAAGGCAGUUUUCUGCAGCUUUUUGAAAGUACAAAAGCAUACCCCGAUGAAAGUUUUAGAGUAUUUCUCAGCUGUCUGGUUGAUAGUUCAAUUCGUCUUUUUCAUAACAAUUCAAAUGGUUUCACGGACUCUAAAAUGCAAAUUGACUCUGGCGGAAACAUUCGUGACUGCUACUGUAAUAGUUUAUUUUAUGUGGAUCGCAUUCGAGACCUUGUGAUGCACAAUUUAAACCAUUUUACUGAUACGGAAAAAGGCCAGCUUCCUUGGCUUCAACUUGUGGAAUUCAUUGUUAAACAGGUUUCAGACCGAUCUCUUUCGCCAUCACUACGGUUAUAUGUGUCCCGGGUUUUUAUGGAUAUUGUAUCCACUAUUGUUACAAACGCUGAAGAAUUACAAGAGCCCAAUAAUAUUAACUUCGAUUCUAUUGGUAAGAUGCUGCUAGAUGCUAUGUGUAGUUUGGUUGACACCCUCAUGGAUCUCAGUGUUUCGGAAGAACAUAUUUUUAAUGGAGUUGUGAACGUGGAAUUCGAGAUAUACUUUCAAGCCUUACGAACUCUGAAGUCUUUGCUUGAAAACUUUGGUGAACAUUUGAAGAUCUCGUGGUCCACAGUAUUCAAAUUGCUAGUUUCUCCUUUUGGCAUUAUUGAGAAGGGGGUCGAUAUAAUAGCCAUGGAAACUAAUGAGAAUGCUACUAUUGUUGAAGGCAUUAGGCAAAAAUACAAAGAUCUUGUACAAUUGGCCUAUGAAGUGUUCAAGUUGAUCCCUGACAAUUUUUUACAAAACCUACCAUUGACUGUGAUGAAAGAUUUCAUUGAUACAUUAUUAAAAUUUAUCAGACAAAAUAAUGACAUGAAUAUCUCGUUUUCAUCAAUAAGUCAGUUUUGGCCAGUUGGAGAUUACUUGCGAACGAGAACUUCAAAAUCUCCUACUGCUCAAAUCAUCUCUACUACAACAAAUAAAGAUUCUGAGGUGAUAUCUUUAUCAAAAAUCCUUUCAUCAAAAACUAGUUCAGAAUUAGAUAUUUCAAACGCAUUAUGGGUAUAUUUGCUGCGUUCAUUAAUAGACUGUACCAGUGAUGAACGUCUGGAGGUCAAGAAGGGUGCUAUUCAUACAUUUUUCAGGAUUAUAGAUUCAUAUCCGUCGUUUUUCCCCUCGUGGAAACUGGUCUCUGCCAAAGUAAUAAAAAAGUUACUUUCUCUAGAGCUAACACCUCAGGAAUACGAUGAAUAUGCAGAUUUCUUGUCCAUAACGCUGCAAGGUUUAAUCCAACUUUAUUCUACCUAUUUUUCUGGUUUUUUGGAUUAUGACUGGACUGAAGAGUGGAGUUGGUUGUUCAACUUUAUGAAAAGAUUACAAUCUAGUAAAUCAUUCGAAGCUAGAUUUAUAGUUUACCGAAGCCUUGAAGAGCUCCUGAAUUCCCUGCAUAAGAUUGAAAACUUACCGAAAAAUAUAGUUGAAUCAUGCUAUGAGGUUUGGUCAACAUACAAUGUUAUCUAUAGUCAAUUGCUUCCGUCUAACAGCAAAAGAAAAGAUAAUAUAAACUGUUUAGAACAGUUGAUUCGUUGUUUUGGGCCUCUUUAUAAACUUCUGGUUGCUUUCAACUUUGUAGAUGCAAAAACAAUAGAAGAGUGCUUAGCGGUCUUUAAUACUGCAUUCAAAUAUCCGUUACUGCCAGAGCAUACAAUUGAUACAAAAAAACCUUCCGCAUUACAAUUAGGCGUUCUGGGAGCAAUGCAACAAUUUGAGUUUGACCAAGAACCAACUAUUGAACUACUUAUAUGGUAUCAGUUAAGCUCCAUGGUUGUUUUGCCUUUUGAAACUAGGAAACGUAUUGAGAGAAAACUAUCAGAAAAGUUAGAUGAUGUUUCUAAUGUAAAAAUUCCUACCUUCGAGGCCAUAAGUUAUCAAGCCUGUAUUUUGCUAGGGCAAAGGGUUACUGGUGCAAAAGGAUUUAGUUAUCAAUUUCUAGAUGAGAAAUACCUUUUAAGGACUCUAAAGCAUCUAUUUGAGCCUAUUAAAGCUAAGUCCAUGAUAGGCAUAAAUUUUGAAAAUAAAACUCCAUUAUGGGUAAUGUCAUCAAGGUGCUUUCACAACAUUUAUCGACUUGUAUUUCCUCUCCUGUCCAACAGUAGUGCGACUGAACAUAGCGAUUUGGUCAAUGAGCUACUUCAUUUAUACACAAGGAUGCUUGUUGCUCCAUUGCAACGCAAUCCUGAUGUGAACAUCCCUUCAGAAACUGAGGAAUAUGACAUUUCCGAAUAUGAAGCUCAGAGGGAUCUAUUAUUAGAAUUCAUAAGUCUGCCGUUAAUUACUGCUGAACACCUUCAUCCAUUCGUAUCUGUACUAUGGAGUCGGUCAUUCUAUUAUGCAUUUGAUGAAAUUGAUAACUACGUCAUCGAUUCCUGUCCCAACCUUCAAAAAAUCACACAGAGUUUGGCUGAUUUUGAUUUCGAAAGUAUAGUAGGAUCUACGAAGGAAUCCAACCUACUUCCAAAUUAUAAAAUUGCAACUAUUUGUUUAGAUGAUCUUAUCCGCUUUUGUCAAACGGAAGAACGAAGCCACGAUCUAAUAAGGACAAUGUCUAUCCCAUAUCUGGUUUCUCGCAUUGCCUUUGUCUUGAGAAAAUACAUCAGUGAUGAAUCCUUACUUAACAGAGCUCCAUUGCCUAAAGUAAAGAGGCUAGAACUUGUUAAGGUACUGCAUGGGCUGAACGAAGUGAUAUCUCGUCACAAGAAAACUAUUGAUUCUGAACCUGAUCAAUUAGGCUUGCGGCUCCUGUAUCCUCUAUUACUGAAGACUAUACCACUAUCUCAUAAAGUCGAAGGAUUACAAGAUAUUCUGCAAAAGUUGUCCUUAACUUUUAAUGUAUUAUUUACUUAG